AUGCAUUCCCUGGUCCCACAGGGCUACGAGUUCGCAAUGCUGACAGACAAGCUCCACUUUUUGAAGUCUCGCAGUCAACAGAUGAACUACAACGCAUCUAGGAGCGACUGCACGGCUGAUGGCGCCGAUCUGAUCAUGGACGACAAAGGACAGGCCUGGCACGACUUCGUUUACAAUUUCUCGAAAACCACGUUCGGGUCAGGGUAUGGUCAUGCCUGGUUGGGGGCAAGUGAUCAGGUGAAGGAAGGCACUUGGGUCUGGGUUCGUGUUUUUGAACCACACCGAUUAGUCCAAAAUGACAUCAAUGGAAAUUCUCGCUUCAGCACCUUGUGGAGGAGAGUCACUACUGCACAUUACAUCCCCGUUGCCCGUGCCCUCGAUUGA